AUGAACCUGGACGCUUGGAUUGCUACGUUAAGAACAGGAAACAUACUUCCAGAAUCAGACCUAAAAAAGCUGUGCGAAUAUGUGAAAGAACUGUUGAUCGAGGAGAGUAACGUCCAACCAGUCGCAGCACCGGUAACGGUCUGUGGCGACAUUCACGGCCAGUUCUACGACUUGUUGGAGCUGUUUCGAACAGGCGGUGAGGUCCCCGCAACAUCUUACAUAUUCAUGGGCGACUUCGUGGAUCGUGGACGAGACUCAAUCGAGACGCUCUCGUUCCUCUUCUGCCUCAAAGCACGAUAUCCGUCUCGGGUGACGCUUUUGCGCGGAAACCACGAGUCUCGCCAAAUCACCCAGGUUUAUGGAUUUUAUGACGAAUGUCUUCGAAAGUACGGUUCAGCAAAUGCGUGGAAGUGGUGUACGGACGUUUUUGACUACCUUGCUGUGGCGGCGCUGAUCGACUCUAGGAUACUCUGCGUCCAUGGCGGGCUCUCACCAGAUAUCAGCACCCUUGAUCAAAUCAGACUCAUAGACCGUCGACAGGAGAUUCCACACGAGGGCCCGUAUUGUGACCUCAUGUGGAGCGACCCGGAAAACAUUGAAACAUGGGCGGUGAGCCCCCGGGGCGCCGGCUGGCUCUUCGGGGCCAAGGUAACGCACGAGUUCAAUGAGAUCAACGAUCUGGAGCUCAUUUGUCGGGCGCACCAGCUUGUUCAACAGGGCUACAGGUACAUGUUCGAUGAUGAGUCUUUGGUAACGGUAUGGUCGGCUCCGAACUAUUGCUAUCGCUGUGGAAAUGUAGCAGCGAUUCUGGCUUUCGACAGUGAUCUGAACAGGGAGUUUCGCAUCUUCAGAGAAGUCGAGGAGGAGCACCGACGCGAACAGAACCGAGGCAUCAUUCCGUAUUUUUUAUGA